AACAAACCCCAACAUGUACUCCAAGGUGAUUAUUUUCCUGUGUGCCGCUGGCAUUGCGUCAGCCGGUAACCUGUUGCACGGAGCGCCCGCUGUAGCCUACAGUGCACCAGCCACUUCGGUCUCAUAUACCACUCACACAACCACAUCCCACGGUUCUCCUGUAGCCUCAUAUGCUGCUGCCCCAGUCGCUACGUACGCCACCGCCCCAGUAGCGUCUUACGCUGCCCCAGUAGCAUCUUACGCUGCUCCAGUAGCAUCGUACGCUGCCCCAGUAGCAUCGUACGCUGCCCCAGUAGCAACUUACGCAGCCGCCCCCGCAGUAGCCGCGUACUCAGCUCCAUCAAGUGUUUCCUACCAAUCGGUCUCGACUCAAACUUCUCCAGUAGCAUACGCUGCUGCCGCUCCAGUCAUCGCGAAAACCUACGCAGCCCCUAUUAGGACGUACGCUGCUGCUGCCCCAGUGUAUACCAGAACUUACGCCGCUGCCGCUCCCGUUGUUGCCAGAACUUACGCUGCACCUGCAAUUGCCACAUACGCUGCUCCGAUCGCCCGCCCAGUAGCUUACAGCGCUGCUCGCGCCUACACCAGUUACGCCGCCACUGCGCCCGCAUACGCUAGUUACGCUACCGCCCCAGCUGUUAGUUACGCUGCCCCAGCUGUUAGUUACGCUGCCCCAGCUGUUUCAUACGCAGCCGCCCCAGUCGUCUACGGAAACUAUGGGUCUUACGGAGGCUAUGGCUCUUAUGGAGGCUAUGGUUCCUACAGAGGCUACGGCUUAGGAGCUCACGGCUGGUAAACAACCAAAGUGUUUUAUAUAUGUACAUAUAUACUUAUUAGAUUGUAACUUUAUCUACAAGUACCUAUUGACUGUCUAAUUGUAAAAUGAAAUAAAUUUUGAUUGAAUUUAUUAAAAAAAUAUGAAUAUA